GGGGCGACGUCUCGUGGCCCGAUGAUCACGGAAGUCUUGCUGGAACGGAACCUCUGACGUGUCAAAGUGUCGCCAUUUUCCUGAGGAAGGAAACGCCUUGAAGAAGGAAGGAAACAUAUCAACUGUGUUGUUUUUUUUUGCCAAAGUAGGUUCCCAUCGCCAGUCACCAUGGGGAAUAUGUUUACAAACCUCUUUUCUUUUUUCGGGAAGAAAGAGAUGAGGAUACUCAUGGUGGGUCUGGAUGCUGCUGGAAAGACAACUAUUUUGUACAAGCUGAAACUUGGAGAGAUUGUGACUACUAUUCCCACAAUAGGUUUUAAUGUAGAGACCGUAGAGUACAAGAACAUCAGUUUCACAGUAUGGGAUGUCGGUGGUCAAGACAAAAUUCGACCGCUGUGGCGUCAUUACUUCCAGAACACACAGGGUCUCAUCUUUGUUGUGGACAGCAACGACAGAGAGCGAAGUCAGGAGGCUCAAGAAGAGCUCACGAGAAUGUUGACAGAGGACGAGCUGCGUGAUGCCGUGCUAUUAGUGUUUGCCAACAAACAAGACCUUCCAAAUGCUAUGAAUGCAGCAGAACUCACAGACAAGUUGGGUCUUCACAGCCUACGCAACAGAAACUGGUACAUCCAGGCGACCUGUGCCACCUCUGGGGAUGGCCUCUACGAAGGACUGGAUUGGUUGUCUAGUCAGCUCAAGAACCAUUAAUAAUGAUCUGCUAUCCACAACUAAUCUACUCCACCCAAUCUCUGACCUUUCUCUCUACUCUUAAGGUGUUGCAAAACUGAGUUACCCUCUCCAAAAAAAGUACUGGAAGCUGCCCUCACCUCAGGUUGGGGACAUCUAUUCUUGUAAAGCUGUCAGGUUUUAUUAUUUUAUUUUAUGUAACUGUAAAUAUAUUUGGUAAUGGGGCAGCUUAUUGCACUCUUACAAAUCCUACCGUGGUUAUUUCUCUUUCUGGCUGUUGGGCAGCCGUGUGUGCAUUGAAUAAGAAAAAGGGAGGCGAGGAAUAAGAAUUUACCAGCACGUUGGCCCGGGACCUCAAUGCAAUCUGAUGACUUGUUAUGGUGGUCACAUGUACUGUAGUGAGGGAUCCAUGAGGGGCUUUUAAUUUUUAAAAAACUGAAUUAAACACUGAUGCACUACUUGCAGCUACUGUGGUUACGUCAAACAGUAACUACAUGCACCAGCCCCCAAAUGACCAUUUAGUAAACACUGGCAUUUACUAUUUGUACUCUGUGCGGACAUCACUUUGUCCAAGUUGAUAACUCCUGUCUGUGAACACUUACCAGCCUUUGUUAUACAGUAUGUUGGCUUGAAUUGAGAAAUGCGGCAGCGGUCUCACAUCUACCUGCUUCAUGGUUGUUUAAAAGGCAGUCUGUUGAGUCAGCAUUGGGUUUUUGUAUUUCUGAGUCUCAGGUUUAUCAUGUGCUGCCUUUGCAAUAUACUUGUCAGCAAAACUGCAUGAUGUGGUCUGUUGGUCUUACGGGACAUGCAUAUUCACUGGGUGUUUACAUCAUUAGGCUGCACAGGAUCUAUUACCCUACUGAGUACUUAUUUCAACAGCCCUAUACUGUAACUCGUGUGCAGUGUGAUAGGUAAUUAUAACUAAAGGAGUUGCACACAAUGGCCCUACUGUCUUCACUAAAGGCUCUAGCAAGUCAUGCCUUUUUUUUCCAGAGUUAUCAAAUCCGGGAAAUGGCGUUUUGAUGGCAAUACAAAAUCAGUUUCAGCUACAUGUUUAACGUAGUGCCAGUAUUUCUUUUCUUUGCAGCACAUUGUGCUUGGGAUAAACCGGAAGCCAUACAUAUGCCUUCUUGUCCAAGACACAUGUUGCCUUUUAUUUUCAAGCUUCUUUUCUAAAAAGGUGUGGGUGUUACUUUGUCUUGAGGGUGCAUCAAACUUUUUUUUUUUGAUUUAUAACUGCCUAAAUAUUUGAAAACUAUGUUAAUCUCUUACUUAAGUUUCUGUUUUUUAUGUAAAUCUUUUGUUUUGUGAGGAAAAAAGCACUGUAAUUAAAGUGAUAAAACAGG